AUGAAGGACGCUUGGAAGACUUUUGAAAACAGGCUGGGCAACAUCGAGACUCAGCAAAGCAAACAGGUGGGUGAAAUGGCGUCCAUGGCUGGCAGGAUUAAGAUCACAGAGAAGGAGGCGCUCACGGAGGACGUGAAGAAGCUCAAAGUUCAACUCGAAGAAAAGAGUGCACGAACCGCAGAGUACAGGCUGGCCCUUUCUCGUUGCCACAUGGUCGUCAACAAGGACCGCAAGAUCCACAAGGGGGGUGAUGUUCUUGGAUCAGCCCGGGGUGAUCCUGAUGCUCUCUCGCCUGAGGACCAGAAAACCUUGAUCGUCGGGGGGUGGAUGCAGGAUACAAGGAGAUCGGUCAUAGAGACUGAGGCGAACGACGUGCUGAAACUUCCUGAGGUAGCGCCGCUACUUGACACCGACAAGAUCUCUGUGUUCGGGCCUCGGAGGAGCGUCGGGAUGAUUCGCUUCACGGAGAGGGAGGGUGAAACGAUGAAGGAUGUCAAGGAGCGAAUGUGGCAGGUGAUCAAGAUUGUUGCGAAGGCCAAGAUCGUCUUUGCCAGCACCCAAAACCUUGGAGAAAACCGCACCGCGUGGGUGGCCUUUGUUAAAACCCGCACAGCGAGGACGAGGACCGCGCACAUCAGCAUGAUCAGGAGGGUGACAAUGGCGUUGGCCGCGGAGGUGAAGGAUGAGGGUGGUGGCGUGCUCAACAUUGACCAUACACUGGUGGUGUCUUACGACAUGGAUUGGGGGGCCGGCACCCUCUGGUGCGGGCCACAGAAGCUGGGGUCCAGUACGCACCGUCCUCCGCAUGAAGCCGAAAUCGUGAAGAUGACUGGUGGCUGGGUGAAAUUGGAUGCCGUCUCUCUGGUGGCUGGGUGCAACGUCGACGUGGCCAAGUCGGCGUUUGAAAGAGAGCUCUGCCAGGAGAUAAAAUUGCUCGACAUGGCCGCUGCAGACAUGGACAUUGUUAUCGUUCAGGAGAUUGCCAGGGGUGAGGAAGGACUCGGCAUUGGAAUCUCGACGGACAAGUUUGACUGCGUCAUCAACAAGGUGGUGAUUGGCUCUCUGCACUGCCUGACCGGAGUCACGAAUGCAAAGUAUCAGGUCCCAACUUGGGUUGAAGCAGAUGACGAUGAGGUGGUGCCGGGCGUGGAAGUGAUUGCGUCGGGAUCCUCCAACCUUAACACCGUUGUGGACCAAGCCGCAACCCUGGGUAUGAGGCAAAUCGACAUGCUGUGGGUGAGGUCCCUGGAUGCUACACGAGUGGUUGUGGAACCGGAUCGUCGCUUUCUCAUAGGAACAGAUCAUGCCCUCAUUGCCUUUGACUUACUUGUCAACCAACGUGCUCGGGUAGAGUGGGGGAACGAUUCCAGGCCAAGGUGGGUAAGUCGGCAGCUUCCGGAUGACGUUAUCGAGCACGCGGAGGACAUUGCCCACCUGGCGAAAACGCGCACUGCGCCUCGGAGCAGCAAGGCCUACAAGGAUGAUGAUGAGGUCAAGCAAGCCUUCCAUGAGGCCAGAAGGGUGAAGUGUGACACCAAACUCUGGAAGGCCGCGCACAAGCUUAGAAAGCUUAAACGCAAGGAGUGGCAAGAUGCUCGAGUGACCUCCAUUCUCAAUGGAGACUGGUCACAGUACCGCGCCAUGCAGAAGGAGAAGCAGAGACACCGGGGUUGGUGGGGUGGCCUUCUACAGGAUCGAAGCUCAGCCGACUUGACAAAGGACGUUCAGGAGCACCUCGAGGCGAAGCUGGUCAACGAGGCGAUGAUGGACUGGGAUGAGAUGCUGGAGACCCACAUUAACAAUGUCGACUUGGGUGACAUCUUUGUACCCUUCACCAUCCUGGAUGUUCGGACCGUUCUCCAAGACAUGAAACCUUCAGGAGCCGUCGGACCGGAUGGGGUGAGUGUCUCGCUGCUGAAGGAAAUCGCCAACAAUGAUACCCUCGGCCCACAGAUGGUGAACCUCAUCAAUGGCAUCGUUGAGCACACCGAAAUUCCCUCCAGCUGGAACGAGAACUUCCUGGCACUGUUGGCAAAGAUCAACCAACCCAAGGCACCCAAGGACAUGAGACCGAUAUGUGUCAGCAGUGUUUUCCACAAGCUUGUCACCAAAUUGGUAUGUUGUGGAAAAGGAAGACAAGCUGCGGACGUCAUAGGCGCCUUCGACAGGUUGGACAGGCUUAAGGUGGUGGAAUUUCUCAAAGCACAUCUGAAUGGCACCACUCUGCCGCAUGAACUUCGCUACCUCUUGGCUCAACUUCGCUCAUAUUGCCUGUCAGGAAAAGUGCCGGGUGGAGGGACCAUCCACAUCAAGCCGAACGUGGGCAUAAAACAGGGUGCACCAGAAAGUGCCGAGCUGUUUGGCUUAGUUAUGGACACCCUCCUCAUGAGACUACUUGAAUCCAGGGGAUGGAGAAACUUUGGGCACAUUGGGGGUGGGCUUGAAAUCGAUCUCGUCUUUUACCAGGACGACCUGUUUCUCUUCGAAGAUGAUUUCGUUCGCCUCUGCAAGCGUAUCAAAGUGCUCGAGAGACUCUUGGAGCAAGCUGGGCUCAAACUCGCGACCAACAAGACGAAAAUUGUAGCGAGCGAACAUUACAGGGGUGCUCGUCGGGCCAAAGUUGGGGGCGACAUCUUCCAGAUUGCACCGGCGCACGAAUCUUUGAAAGUCCUUGGGAACUACUCGGUCGAGCAAGGGGUGCUGCGGAACAACAUCGUCAUCUACUUCGAGGUC